AUGGCAGCCAAAGACGCGGGCCAGAAGGCUCGCGACCCUGAAAAGACUUCGGCUCUCAAGUCCUUUAUCCGAGUCUUUCGAUAUGGAACCCCUCAGCUCUACCUCCUCGAGGUGAUUGGCGUAAUCGGCGCCAUCGCCUCAGGAGUCGCAUUAGCCAUGGUUAAUGUGGUCAUUGGAGAGUUCAUCACUCUUCUCAACGACUUUACCACCUCUGGCACUGUCCCCAAGGGUUUCAUGGCGGCUGUGGAAAAGACUGCUCUGUACUUCGUCUACAUCGGCAUCGUUCGACUCUUCUCGACCUACGUAUACGCUUCCCUCUUUACCUACGUCGCAUACCACCUUACUCGAAAUAUCCGUCGAUCCUAUCUCAAGGCCGCCUUCAGUCAAGAGAUCGCCUACUUCGACCAAGGCGUCGCCGGUUCCAUCGCGAUGCAGGCAACCUCCAACGGGAAGCUGAUCCAGUCGGGUAUCGCAGAGAAGCUUGGAAUCGUUAUCCAGUCCAUCUCCACCUUUGUCGCCGCCUUUGUCAUCGCCUUCAUCAGCCAGUGGAAGCUUACACUCAUUUUGAUCUGCAUUGUGCCCGCCCUGGUCAUCAUUGUCGGCACCUUGUCGGUCCCUGACGCUCAGAUCGAGACCAAGAUCCUGAAGAUCCAAGCGCAAGCUGGAGGCUACGCCGAGAGUAUUUUCGGGGGCAUCCGCACCAUCCAUGCCUUUAGCCUCCGAUCAAGAGUCGUUGCCAAGUUUGACAUCUUCUUGCAGGACGUCUUCCGCGAGGGAAAGAAGAAGAAUCUACUCUACGGACUCAUGUUUGGUGGCGAGUACUUUGUCGUCUACAGCGGCAUGGGCUUGGCUUUUUGGCAGGGUAUUGCCAUGAUUGCCCGUGGCGAGGUCUCUGACAUUGGCAAGGUCUUUACGGUCUUGAUGUCCGUCAUCAUUGCCGCCAGCACCAUCAGCAUGAUUGCUCCUCACUUCGUGGCAUUUGGACGCGCAGCAUCAGCAGCCACUGAGCUGUUCGUCUUGAUUGACCGCGAGUCCGAGAUUAACCCUUUCGAUGAGUCUGGAGAGAAGCCCCAGAACCCGCAUGGUGUCAUUGCUCUCCAAGGAAUUGGCUUCAGCUAUCCCAGCCGCCCUGAUGUCAAGGUCUUGGAAGACUUCAGUCUCAACGUUCCAGCCGGAAAGGUCACGGCCCUCGUCGGCCCAAGUGGUUCAGGCAAAAGCACCAUCAUUGGCUUGCUCGAGCGUUGGUACAACCCAGCCUCUGGCGCUAUCACGCUCGAUGGCACAGACAUCAAGAAGCUCAAUCUGUCUUGGCUACGUACCAAUGUUCGCCUUGUUCAACAGGAACCCGUUCUCUUCAAUGGCAGUGUCUUUGAAAACAUUGCCAAUGGUCUAGUCGGAACCCCUUGGCAAUUUGCUUCCCGCGACGAACAGAUGAAUCGGGUGGAACACGCGGCCAAGAUCGCCUUUGCCCAUGACUUCGUCAUGUCUCUCCCUCAAGGCUACGACACGCGCAUCGGUGAGAGAGGCGGUCUUCUCUCGGGUGGCCAAAAGCAACGAGUUGCCAUUGCCCGGAGCGUCAUCUCGGAACCCAAGAUCUUGUUGCUCGACGAGGCUACCAGCGCUCUUGAUCCUCACUCAGAAACCAUCGUUCAGCAGGCGCUAGACAGUGCUUCCAAGAACCGCACAACCAUCGUCAUUGCGCACAAGCUGGCAACCAUUCGCAACGCUGACAACAUCGUCGUCAUGUCCAAGGGCAAGAUUGUCGAGCAGGGCCGUCACGGUGACCUCGUGGCCCUCAACAACGUCUAUGCCAAGCUCGUCAUGGCGCAGGACCUUUCUCCCUCUGGAAACGGACAAGACAGUGACCAGUCAUCGGACGAAGAAACGACAAGGGGCAACGACAUCGAGCCGGUUCAGUCUCUGGCAAAGCUCAAGACGGUAGAAGCUCAGCACCUGGCAUCACUCAAGGACCGGGAAGAUCACGAGCUGUACAACAAGACGGGCCUAAUCCACAGCAUCGCGAGGCUCAUUAUGGCCACUCCCAACUUGUGGAACUGGUACCUGUUGAUCUUGGUCACCUGCACUGCCGGAGCUGCUGUUUUCCCUGGACAAGCAGUUCUGCUAGGAAAGGUCAUGACCGUCUUUUCCAGUCCGAACAUGGUCUCUCGCGGCAACUUUUUCUCCCUCAUGUUGUUCGUCCUGGCUAUCGGAUCCCUCUUUGUAUACUUUAUUCUCGGGUGGGCAACCAACGUGAUUGCACAGACCUUGAACAUCAAGCUUCGAAAGGAGAUUUUCGACCUCACCCUUCGGCAGGACCUGAGAUUCUUUGACCGACCAGAGAAUACCGUUGGUGCACUCAUCAGCCGUCUGGAUUCCUACCCCCAGGCCGUCCUCGAGCUCAUGGGCUUCAACGUGGCGCUUGUUCUUCUAUCAGCCAUAAAUGUCCUCGCUUCUAGUGUUCUAGCCUUGGUGGUCUCGUGGAAGCUCGGCCUGGUCGGGGUGUUUGCCGGCAUCCCUCCCAUGCUGCUGGCUGGCUACGCGCGAAUUCGGCUAGAGACAAAGAUGGACACGGAUAUGGGCAAGAGAUUUUCUGCCAGUUCCUCGGUGGCCUCUGAGACUGUCACGGCGAUCCGAACCGUCUCUUCCCUUGCCAUUGAGGACACUGUCUUGACAAAGUACACCAACGAGCUGGACCAGGCCAUCAGUCAAACGGCGCCUUCAAUGUUUCACAUGAUGAUUUGGUUUUCCAUGACUCAAGCUGUUGAGUACUUUAUUCUGGCCCUCGGUUUCUGGUGGGGAUCCAAGCUCGUCCACGACGGAGAGAUUUCCUUCUAUCAGCUCAUGGUCUCCUUCAUGGGUGUCUUUUUCUCAGGUCAGGCAGCGGGACAAUUGUUUAGUUUUGCGAGCAGCUUCACCAAAGCCAACCAAGCGACAAACUACUAUUUCUGGCUCAAGGAGCUGGAGCCAACGAUCCGUGAGACUGAAGAGAACAAGGAAAAGGGGCCUGCAAAUGGUUGCAGGUCCUAUGACUUUGAUGAUGUGCAGUUCUCUUAUCCGCUGGCUCCGGAUAACCGCGUUCUCAAGGGUGUUUCCCUCAAGAUUAAUCGCGGUGAAUUUGUGGCCUUUGUCGGCGCCUCAGGCUGUGGCAAGAGCACCAUGAUCUCUCUCCUUCAGCGAUUCUACGAUCCAACCAGUGGAACCAUCACCAUCGACUCGGCAGCUCCUUUGUCAUCCAUCAACCCUCUGACAUACCGCAACCACGUCGCUCUUGUUCAACAAGAGCCUACCCUCUUCCCCGGAACCAUCCGUGAAAACGUCUCUCAAGGAAUGGAUGUCGACGUUGACGAGACAGUUCCCGACGCUGUCAUUGAAGAAGCUUGCCGAGCCGCCAACGCAUGGGACUUUGUUUCUUCGCUGCCUGAAGGUCUCGGUACACCAUGUGGCUCAAGCGGAAGUCAACUCUCUGGUGGACAACGUCAACGCAUCGCCAUCGCACGUGCUCUGGUCCGCAAGCCCAACGUCAUCCUCCUCGACGAGGCCACGAGCGCAUUGGAUACCGAGUCUGAGCGCAUCGUUCAGGCAGCUUUGAUGGAAGCAGCCUCUACCGGUGAUAGAAUCACUAUUGCCGUUGCUCACCGACUGUCGACUGUCAGAGAGGCUAACCGCAUCUUUGUCUUCUACGGUGGUAGGAUCAUCGAGGCUGGAACGCAUAACGAACUGAUUGAGCAGGGCGGCAUGUAUUCCAAGAUGUGUGAAGCUCAGAAGUUAGACCGCGGAGUCUAA